AGGAUGGAAAACUUCAAGAAGGUCAAGACGUCGGAGGAGGAGAGCCCCCUGCCUUUCUCGGACCUGCCCCCUGACGUGGUGGAGAUGAAGGUGAAGGAAGGCAGCAAGAUCCGCAACCUGAUGGGCUUUGCCAUGGCCAGGAUGGCGCUGGAGGCCACCCGGCAGAUCGUCUUCAGCGGCUGCGGCCGGGCGGUCACCAAAACCAUCACCUGCGUGGAGAUCCUGAAAAGGAAACUUGGGGGCCUCCACCAGGUCACCAAGGUCCAGUACAAGACCCUGGUGGAGGUGUGGGAGAACCAGGGCCCUGGGCCCCAGGGAGGCCAGACGGAACACCUCACUGUCCACAAGAACGUGCCGUCCAUCUGCAUACUGCUCUCCAAGGACCCCCUGGACCCCUGCCAGAUGGGCUACCAAGCUCCUGAACCCCCCGGGGUGCUCUGGAAGGCAGAUGAGGAAGCCGGCCCAGAGGAUGGAUCCAGCGUCUCCCCAAAGGGAACAAAGAGGAGGUUGGCCGCCCCACACAAAGAUGACCAGCCGAAGAAGGCGGCCCAGGUACAAGAGAUCCAGGAGGACACGGGGACCACCGUGGUGGGUUUUGGACACUGACGACCA